AUGGCAGCCAUCCCCUCCAGCAGUUCUCUCCUAGCCACCCACUACUACUAUCCACGCCUCCUAGGCUCUGCACCCAGCAACAGCUCCUGCAGAAGUGCCCAAUACCCUGGGGAGGCCAUUCCCCAUGGGCCAGCUUCUUUUUUGGGAAGUCCACUCUUCCAUUCAUGGCCACAGUGUUGGGAGUCCCCAGAGCAGACGGAAUCUAACUAG